AGUUUGAACUUCUUUAAUAUUUGUUGUACCGCGCUUGGUCACUGAGUACACACAGACGGCAGUUCGACGUCUAUUAUUUUUUUGGAAGGUGCAUGGUUGAACACAUCUCUCACCUCGCAAUUAAGAGCUUGAGGUGGGUGAGGGGGAAAUCUAAAGUCGAACAAGUUUUCUUUUCUCAUGGGAGGAGCAAACGGGUGCAGGAAAAUAGAUAAAAGCUCUGUUUAAGAAGCUGGAGUUACUGCGAUAUGAUCUUCGCCAAGGAGCGCGCAGACAAUAUUACUUUCUUAGAUUACGCAUUAUAAUAGUUAUAGCGCGAUAUAAUAAUCAAAGCGACACAUAUGUCGUUUAUCAGUGAGUUUGUCGUAUCUCAAAUCAGAUUUUACCUCCUUAUACAUUUGUAUGCAUAUUAGUGUUUGGUUAAAUCGCUUGCUCGCGGUGUGUUUUAAAUUAAUUAGUCGCGUUAUCAACCUGCUACGGGAGAACAGACGAUUAAAAAGGAAUAUCGGAAAGUUUAAUUUCCUCCAGAACACACACAUAGAUCGAACAGAUAAAGGAUCUGCUGGAAAAUUUGCUGUGAAUGUAAGAUUUGGGUUAGUUGUACUAGUAAAUCUCGACGCGUAAAAGUGAUUCAGAAGUCGUACAUAUGCAGAAUAACGUUGAUCUCCACGCGACCCGAAGGAUAUCAGCUCAGGUGUUCACGUCAACUUCUCACGGACUUUUGCAUCUCCCCAAGGACUUGCUUUGCUUGUGAUAAAACCACCGGUUAAGCUAUUGCCCAUCAGGAGAAUAUCAUUUCACAGUCCAUUAACAAAGCACAGGCUGAACAUGAGCAGGAAAACGCGCCGCUGGAUUUUUCACAUUUUCCUCUGUUUGGGGAUUAUUUAUUUAAAGAUUGGGGGCUUUUCCUCCGUGGUUGCAUUGGGAGCGAGUAUUAUCUGUAACAAAAUUCCUGGUUUGGCCCCUCGUCAAAGGACUAUCUGUCAAAGCCGGCCUGACGCUAUCAUUGUCAUUGGAGAAGGAGCGCAAAUGGGAAUCAAUGAGUGUCAGUUUCAAUUCAAAAAUGGAAGGUGGAACUGCUCGGCCCUCGGGGAAAGAACUGUCUUUGGAAAAGAGUUGAAAGUGGGCAGUAAGGAGGCAGCCUUCACUUACGCCAUCAUCGCUGCCGGGGUCGCCCAUGCCAUCACGGCAGCCUGUACUCAGGGUACACUAAGUGGCUGUGGAUGUGACAAGGAGAAGCAAGGUUUCUACAACCAGGAAGAGGGCUGGAAGUGGGGAGGAUGCUCGGCUGAUAUUCGCUACGGUCUGAGCUUCUCAAAGGUGUUCCUAGAUGCACGGGAGAUCAAGCAGAAUGCCAGGACUCUCAUGAACCUUCAUAACAAUGAAGUGGGACGCAAGAUCUUGGAAAAGAACAUGCGUUUAGAGUGUAAAUGCCACGGUGUAUCUGGAUCCUGCACCACCAAGACUUGCUGGACCACUCUCCCCAAGUUCCGGCAGCUGGGUUACAUCCUCAAGGAGAGGUAUAACCACGCUGUUCAUGUGGAACCAGUCCGCGCCAGUCGGAACAAGAGACCGGCCUUUCUGAAAGUUAAAAAACCUUAUUCCUAUAGGAAGCCCAUGGACACAGAUUUAGUGUACAUUGAGAAGUCACCGAACUAUUGUGAGGCAGAUCCUGUGACGGGUAGCAUGGGAACCCAGGGAAGGAUCUGCAACAAGACUGCGCAGCAUACCAAUGGCUGCGACCUCAUGUGCUGUGGACGAGGAUAUAACACACACCAGUACUCACGUGUCUGGCAGUGCAACUGCAAGUUUCUUUGGUGUUGCUACGUCAAGUGCAAUACCUGUAGUGAACGGACAGAAGUGUACACAUGCAAGUGAAAUAUUUAUUGCUGGGGUUAUUGUACACACCUGUAACUUGUAUGGUAGUGGGUCUGCAAGUGUCACAGCUGGAUGAUCACCACUAUGGAUUCCAGGUAUUGAGAGGAAAGAGCCAUUUGCACUGGAAAGUGUGGGCCUGGUGGAGUCUAGAUGGAGGAAUUGCAUUCAAUGCAUGCAGCUUUACUCCAGAGCUCUGCUGAAGGCUUUGGUGUAGGUACCAGUAGACACCCUUCUGUUCCAGUACUGAGCAACAGAGCGGAGUAGCCUGCUAAGGCUUGAUCUGUGGACCAUGAGAAAGAUGUGUGGUGUGACUAUGGAGGGUGUUCUGCUCCGUAGAGUGCGGAAGCAUUUCUAAGGAACAUUUUGGCCUGAGUUAUUGACUUUACAAAUCUUACAACAUAAAAAAACUGUACAUGGAUGCAACAGUGAUAUUUAAUGUUUUAUUUAGAGAGAAAUGCUAAUGUUAAUUUAUUUAAUAAGGAAACUACUGAUUCUUCUCAUCGAGUUUACUAGCUUAGAUUAGCUCUCCUUCUAUUUUGAUGUUGUGUGUUUUGCAUAGAAAUAAACUGACCAACUUUUACACUGUACCUGUACAUUAUGUACUUUAGCUUAGGGAAGAACCAAUGGCAAGGCACAAUACAAAAACAAGUGCGCUGCACUCAUGGUGUAUUUGCUAGUCUCUCAAGGCAGAGCCUACUGUGUUUAAUGUAUCAUCGUAAGUCUUUGUACCCUUUUUCCCCAUCAACCCUUGCACAUAUAUCAAUAUGUACAAAUACACACUGGAAUUACGCAUCAUGUUUGAAGGCUCAUUCGUUCCAGAGGGAAUGAACAAGUAGUUAAUCCCCAACAAUAUGUUUGUCUUUAAAUUGGAAAAGUCCAAUUAAAAUGAACAUUUACAUGGGGACAACAUUCUACCCACUUACUCUUAAACUUUAUGACCUCACUUAACACAAAGCUUUAUGCUAAUGAGGCCACUAGCUCCCCUCGCUUUUGGCUAAUAUUUGCUCUGUUGGCAAAGAAAGAGAAUCUGUAAUUAAUUCACUUUGGAAUGGAAGAGCCUAAAUACAGAUGCCCCACCUGCUACUGAUGUGGAAUGUUGAGAUCAGAUAACCAGUUCUAUUAAUGUUAUAUAUUAUAGGUAAUAUAACACAUUUUUUGCUGCUAGUUUUGUUCUGUUAUGCAAUGGUAGUUAAUAACACUAGUGAUAUUUUUGCGCAUUGUGAGCAAAUGUGGUUGUCCAGACAGAUUGUCCCUGUGUUGACAUAUAUUUUGUAAGAGAUUAUUUUUAUAUGAGUAUUUUAUUUAUUUUGUGUAAAGGUAAAACCCACUACCAGUGUCCUUUAGAUGGACAGAAAUUAGAGAAAUAAGCUAGGAACAGUGUGUUUGUGUCAUGGUACCAGUUUGCGCAGUUUAUGUAAACUACAUCUCAAUGAAGUACCACUCAUGGUGGUGUAGUUGGACCAAGUACGUAAAGAUAACGAUCAUACUGGUGUUUAAACUUCAAGUAGCAUUUUCAAGACAAAGGUCCUAAAUAUGGGAUCAGUAAGGGAAACUAUAGUGAAAUAAUCCUGGGACAAAACUCUUUGGUACUGAUUGAGUGUUUUUACCAAAGAGCAUCAGAAUUUAAGAACAGCUCUUUUGACAAGAGUCUAAAAACAUGAUGGCCUGGAUGUGAUUAUUAUUUUAUAAAAAAACUGGUAAUUUAAACAGAUGUCUUGCCAAAUGGAUUGUACUUCAUGAUUGUGUCAUAAGUGAUCAAAAUGUUGUGCAUUAUGUUGUGAACAGUGUUAAUAAAUACUUCAUUGGCUUGCA